AUGUGGUCCAAGAUCGAAGAGAACCAGACUGUGGAGAUGACGGUGAACCUAAGGAGGAUAUGCUCCCGUCUGCCAUGGACAAAGAAGGCAUCCAAGGUCGUUAGGAUGCUGAAGAGGGAAAUCCAGAAGCACUUUAGGGAGGAAAUUGGCGUUGUUGUGACCAAUGAUCUCAACAACUUCCUGUAUUCACGUGGAAUCAAGAAGAUUCCAAACAAGGUCCGAGUUAGAGUCACAAAGGAGACAAGCCUGAAGAACGCCGAGGAGAAUGUGUUGAAGACCGACUUGGUCGUGGUGGGCUCUUUCAAGAAUCUUAAAGAAGUUAUUGUCGAUCAAUAA